AUGAAUACUGAGAAUCGUUAUCCAGUUACUGCUUCUUUAUUUAUGUUACGAGAAAUAAAAAAUCGCCAGGAAAAAGUUAAUAGAGGAUAUCAAUUGUUAAAAAGGAAGGCAGAUGCUCUUCGCAUGCGGGGUCACCAAGCCGCCGCUGAAUUAGCUACUACGCAGGCGAUCCUAGGCCAUACCUUAAAAGAAGCGUAUAUUUCUUUAGCUGCUAUCAAAUUUACUAAUGGAGAGUCUAAUGCUUUAGUGCUUGAGAAUGUAGAGGAAGCUCAAAUUCGGGUACAUCGAGUUCCAGAAAAUAUAUCUGGGGUAGCGACAGUGUCACUUCAAAUAAUAGAAGAUAAUAAAGUUAAUAAUACUCUCCGUUACGCCGGCCUCGGUGCUGGUGGACAUAGAACUGCAGAAACUAAGAAGGCUUUUAGAAAAGCCAUCGAGUUAUUAAUUACAUUUGCAUCUUUGCGAAACACAUGCUUAUUGCUCGAUGAAGCUAUAAAAUCAACUUUAAGCCAAUCUUUAUUGAAAUCUAAUAAGAAACCUAUUUCUGGUGGUAGCGUAGAAAGCGAUAAGUCCGCCACACCUCCACUUUUCCCUAAGGAAUCAUUAGAGUCUUUUACUAAUAUUUACUCAGGCGUUAUUUCUUCAACAACCGUGUCCGCUGGCGACUUCAAACCAGUUUGCUACCCUCAUAAUUGGGACGAUGAAGACUUGUUAUUU